GGAGCUGCUUCGCAGUCAGCCGCAGCGAUGUCUUCGUGGCUCGGCAGCCUGGGCUCCGGCCUGGGCCAGUCCCUGGGACAGGUGGGCGGCAGCUUGUCUUCUCUCACGGGCCAGAUCUCCAACUUCACCAAGGACAUGCUGCUGGAGGGCACGGAGGAGGUGGAAGCUACGACGGCAGAAUUCCAAAUAUCCAGUUCUAGGAUGAAGGAAAUUGAAGCCAUUCAUACAUCCCUGAGGGCAGAGAAUGAGAGACUUAAGAAACUUUGUAAUGAUCUGGAAGAGAAGCAUGAAGCAGCAGAGCUUCAAAUAAAACAGCAAUCUGCAGAUUACCGAAAUCAACUGCAACAGAAAGAGGUGGAAGUCAGCCAUCUAAAGGCAAGGCAGAAUGCACUACAGGAUCAGUUGCAGAAGUUGCAGACAGCUGCUCAAUCAGUGCAUUUGGAAGUUGGCCACUUACCUUCAACAACUACAUCAGCUUCCUUUGUUUCUGGAAUUAGUCAUCAUGUUUCAGCUUUCCAUGGAGAUGACAUGGACUUUGGGGAUAUAAUUUGGUCACAGCAAGAAAUAAACAGAUUGUCAAAUGAAGUUUCAAGACUUGAAUCUGAAGUUGGCCAUUGGAGACAUAUUGCUCAGUCUUCCAAAGCACAAGGAACAAAUAGCUCUGAUCAAAGUGAAAUCUGUAAACUACAGAAUGCUAUCAAGGAGCUUAAACAGAAGUUAAGUCAGGAAAUUGAUGAUCAUCAACAUGAACUGUCAGUAUUACAAGAUGCACAUCGGCAUAAACUAGGAGAGAUAAGUCGUAGGCAUAGAGAAGAAUUGGGUGAAUAUGAAGAAAGAAUUGAAGAACUUGAAAAUCUGUUACAUCAAGAUGGCUCAGAGAUUGGACUUACUGAUCAUUCUAAAGUUCAUGAAAUGCAAAAAACUAUUCAUAUUCUACAAGCUGAAAAAACUGAAUCAGUGAAGAAAAUACAAGAACUUGAGGUUGAAAUAAAAGAUAAAGACCAAAAAUUGUCUGUAACAGAAAAUGAGAAAGAAAUCUUGAAGAAAAUACAAGAACUUUUAAAUGUGGAAAAAAGCCAAAUAAUACAGGAAUGUGAAAGGCUGAAAAUGGAAGUCAGUCAGUUUAUUACAACAAAAGAAGAAAGAAUUCUCCCAGAUAAUAUGUCUGUCAAAGAGGAGCUAUUGAGACUACAACAAGCAUUGUCUGAUGCGCAAAAGGAAAUAACGAGACUGAGUAAUUUAAAUCAGGGAAACAGUCUUACCGAAGACAGUCUAGAACUUAAGAAGAGUCUGCAAAUACUAAAAGAAGAAAAUUCAUCAUUAAAUCAAGAAAAGGAAGAACUUCAAAAAGCACUCUUAACAUUUCAAAAUGAACCUGAAGCCAUUAAGUUCCCAUCUACUGAAGACAUGAAUUUGAAGUCAGAGUUAAAUAAUUUAAAAAUUGAUUUGGAAACAAAGAAACUAGAACUCAAUGAAAGUAUUUCUGAAAAAGAAACACUAAUAGCAGAGUUAGAAGAACUAGACAAUCAGAAUCAAGAAGCUACCAAGCACAUGAUUUUGAUGAAAGACCAACUAUCAAAACAACAAAAUGAAGCAGAUAUCACCAUUAACAAACUAAAACAGGAUGUAAAUGAUGAAAAGAAGAGAGUUUCUCAACUUGAAAAUGAAAAGACGAAAAUUACUAAAGAACUAGAAGUACACAAAGAAAAGUUUAAACAGAGAGAAAUAGCCAUUCAUGAUUUGAAUAUAAAUAGGCUGGAACUUGAGGAUAAAAUUAAGGAUUUAGUAGAUCAACUAGAUAAAUCACAGGAAUACAUUAUGAACAUUAAAAAGGAAAAUUCAGUGCUUCAGGAAAAAAUAAAACAGAAUGAAGAGGAUCUUUUUAUCACUAGGAAUGACUUAACUAAGCUUCUUAAUCAAGAACCUAACAGUAACUUUCAGAAUGACUUACUUAAAGAAAAGGAAACAGAAAUUAGGAACUUAAAUAAACAUCUUUCAGAAAUGAAAAAACUCAAUAAACAUUUAGAGAAAACUGUUUUUGAUGUCAAAAUGGAAAAUGAAAAGUUGGUUUUAGCUUGUGAAGAUGUAAGACAGCAACUGCAGGAAUCUGUUACUGUUAAGAAUCAGGUUUCCCUAGAAAAAGAUACUAUUAUUGAAGCUUUAAGAAUGGAGAAAGGGCAGUUAGAAGUAGAAUUACAUCAAUCUGAAAAGAGAUUGUUGGAGCAAGCUCACAAAUAUGAGCAAACCAUUGAAGAACUGUCAAAUGCAGGCAAAAUGAAUACUUCUGCCUUACAGUUGGAACAUGAAUGCUUAAUUAAACUUAAUCAAGAGAGAGAUUUUGAGAUUGCAAAACUCAAAAACAAAAUUGAGCAGAUGGAUAAUGAUCAUAAAGAAACUAAAGAAAUCCUAAUGGCGAGUUUAGCAGGGCAGAAGGAGUUAACAGAACUCAUAAAGGAGAAGGAGAUAUUCAUUGAACAACUUCAAGACAAAGGGUUGAAACUUCAGAAGAAACUUGAUGCACAUAUUCAGAUUUCAGAAAAAAAUGAAAUUUUUAGACAAACUAUAGAAGAGAAAGAUAAAAAUCUUGCAGUUAUGAAGGAAGAAAACAAUCAUCUAAAGGAAGAACUUGAACGACUCAGGGACCAGCAAAGUAGAUCUAUGCCAGUGGCUGAGCCUAGAACCCUGGAUAUUAUCACUGAACUUGAAACUGAGAUAACACAGCUGAAUGUAAUAAAGGGUAAUCUUGAGGAAGAAGUAAAACAUUACCAAAAGACGAUUGAGGAUCAAAAUCAGAAAAAGAUGCAACUUUUGCAGACUUUACAAGAACAGAAAAAGGAAAUAGAUGAGUUUAAAUCCCAGCAUGAGCAAAUGAAUAUUACACAUACACAGCUCUUUUUAGAAAAAGAUGAAGAAAUAAAAAACUUACAAAAGACAAUCAAUCAAAUUAAAACUCAGUUGCAUGAAGAAAGACAAGACAUCCAGACAGAAACCUCUGAUAUCUUUCAGGAAACUAAAGUUCAGACGCUUAAUGUAGAAAAUGGAAAUGAAAAACAUGAUUUAUCAAAAGCUGAAAUUGAAAGAUUGGUAAAGGGAAUAAAGGAAAGAGAGAUGGAGAUUAAGCUUUUAAGUGAAAAGAAUGUUUCUUUAACUAGGCAGAUUGAUCAGUUGUCUAAAGAUGAAGUUGGUAAACUGACACAAAUCAUUCAGCAGAAAGAUUUGGAGAUACAGGCUCUUCAUGCCAGAAUUUCUUCUGCAUCCUACAUGCAGGAUGUUGUUUACCUCCAACAGCAACUUCAGACUUACAUUAUGGAAAGAGAACAAUUAUUAUCUGUUUUGAAUGAAAAGACUAGGGAGAAUAGUCAGUUAAAAACAGAAUAUCAUAAAAUCAUGGAUAUAGUAGCUGCCAAAGAAGCAGCUCUCUUAAAACUUCAAGAUGAAAACCAAAAAUUGACUAGUAGAUUUGAAAGUAGUGGUCAGGAUAUGUUUAAAGAAACCAUUCAGAACUUAUCUAGGAUCAUUAGAGAAAAAGACAUUGAAAUAGAUGCAUUAAGUCAGAAAUGUCAGACUUUACUGACUGUUUUACAGACAUCUGACUCUGGUAAUGGUAGUGUGGUUGGGGGUGUUAAUAGUAAUCAGUUUGAGGAACUUUUACAGGAGCGUGAUAAAUUAAAACAGCAAGUAAAGAAGAUGGAAGAAUGGAAGCAGCAAGUAAUAACAACGGUGCAAAAUAUGCAACAUGAGUCUGCUCAGCUUCAAGAGGAGCUUCAUAAACUUCAGGCUCAGGUUUUGGUUGAUAGUGAUAAUAAUUCCAAGUUACAGGCAGACUACAAUGGUUUAAUCCAGAGUUAUGAACAGAAUGAAACAAAACUCAAAUGUUUUGGUCAAGAGUUGGCGCAAGUUCAGCAUAGUAUAGGGCAGCUUCAUAACACGAAGGACCUUCUUCUGGGAAAACUUGAUGUUGUUUCACCACAGUUGUCAAUUAGAUCUUCAGUUGACAGACAAUCUGAAGUAUCAAAUGAGGCUUCUAAAUCUCUACAAGAAGAAUUAGACCAGCUAAGAAAAAUAUUACAAGAAAAAGAUGCAACAAUUAGGACUCUCCAGGAGAAUAAUCAUAGAUUGUGUGAUUCUGUUGCUGCCUCCUCAGGACUUGAAAGAAAGGAACAAGAAGAGAUUGAUUCAGAGAUUAAGCAGAUUAAGGAGAAACGAGACAUUUUACAAAAAUCACUUAAGGAAAAAGAUCUCUUAAUCAAAGCCAAAAGUGAUCAGUUACUUUCUUUAAAUGAAAAUCUUACUAACAAGACAAAUGAAAAUGAACUCUUAAAGCAGGCGGUAACAAACCUUAAAGAGAGAACUCUAAUUUUAGAAAUGGAUAUUUGUAAACUAAAGGAAGAAAAUGAAAAGAUUGUAGUGAUGUCCAGGGAAAAGGAAACAGAAUUUCGAGCACUGCAGGAGACCAAUAUGCAGAUUUCCAUGAUGCUAAGAGAAAAAGAAUUUGAAUCAAAUUCAAUGAAGGAAAAAGCUCUUGCUUUUGAGAAACUAUUAAAAGAAAAAGAACAGGGUAACACUGGGGAAUUGAAUCAGCUAUUAAAUGAAGUUAAGUCCAUGCAGGAUAAGGCAGUUAAGUUUCAGCAGGAGAGAGACCAAGUCAUGUUGGCCCUAAAGCAGAAACAAAUGGAAAGCAGUUCCCUACAGAAUGAGGUUCAACAUUUUCGUGACAAAGAAUCACGCUUAAACCAGGAGCUAGAAAGAUUGCGUAACCAUCUUUUAGAAACAGAAGAUUCCUAUACCCGUGAAGCUUUGGCUGCAGAAGAUCGAGAAGCCAAACUGAAAAAGAAAAUUAUAAUAUUGGAAGAAAAGCUAAUUUCAUCCUCCAAUGCAGUGGAAAAUGCCAGUCAUCAAGCCAGUUUGCAGGUGGAAUCUUUGCAAGAGCAAUUGAAUGUAGUUUCCAGGCAGAGAGAUGAAACUGUACUUCAGCUUUCUGUUUCUCAGGACCAAGUAAAACAGUAUGCACUGUCACUAGCCAAUCUACAGAUGGUACUAGAACAAUUUCAGCAAGAAGAAAAAGCUAUGUAUUCAGCUGAACUAGAAAAGCAAAAAAAAGAGAUGACUGAAUGGAAGAGAAAAGCAGAGAAUCUAGAAGGACAGGUUACAUCAUUACAGGAAAACUUGGAAGAAGCAAAUGCUGCCUUAGAUUCAGCAUCAAGACUUACAGAACAAUUGGAUCUCAAGGAAGAACAAAUUGAAGAACUUAAAAAACAAGGUGAUCUUCGUCAGGAAAUGUUAGAUGAUGUACAGAACAAAUUGAUGAACCUGAUAAAUAGCACAGAAGGAAAAGUGGACAAGGUUUUAAUGAGAAACCUCUUUGUUGGACAUUUCCAUACACCAAAGAAUAAACGUCAUGAAGUGUUAAGAUUAAUGGGAAGCAUCCUGGGAAUUAAAAAAGAGGAAAUGGAACAGUUGUUGAAUGAAGAUCAGCGUGGUGUCACUAGAUGGAUGGCAGGAUGGCUUGGUGGAGGAGGAUCAAAAAGUGUACCGAGCACACCUCUGAGACCAAAUCAGCAAUCAAUGUUCAAUAGUUCUUUUUCAGAACUCUUUGUGAAGUUUCUGGAGACAGAAUCCUGUCCAAGUCUUCCUCCACCAAAGCUCUCUGUUCAUGAUAUGAAACCUUUAGAUUCGCCAGAAAGGGGAAAACCAACUCAUACUGCAUCAGGCAGUUUUACAGAUACAAAAGGAUCUGGAACCAGUAGAAGACCAGAUGUAAAUCCAUUCUUGGCACCACGUUCUGCAGCUGUACCUCUGAUUACCCCAGCUGUGCUUGGAGCUGGUGGAACCAGGCAUUUGCUUAUGAAGCCCAUUUCAGAUGCUUUGCCCACAUUUACACCUCUGCCAGUGUUACCUGAUAACAGUGCUGGAGCUGUGCUCAAAGAUCUCUUAAAGCAAUAGAUGAUGCUGAAAGCUGAGUUAAGAUAUGGCACUUUAAAGAAGUCAUGAACGCUAUUUGUAAAUACCUUACCACAAGAGGCCUUUUGAAAAAAGUCAUAUAUUUGUUUGAAUUUUUUACUUAUUUCCUCUAAAUUUGAUUAUGAAGUAGUGAAUGCUUUUGGGAAUUGUAUGUGUCCCAAAUCAAGUGCCCAUUGCCCAGUAUUUUUUGUUGUUUUUGUUUUUUUCCUUACUGAUUCUGCAAGCUCAGUUUUAGUUGAUAGAAAUUUGGUUUGUCUUGGUUCUUAGGGAAAAAAAAAUUAUUAGUAGCCAAAGUACUGGAAUUUGUAGAGUAAUUCUAGACUUCUUUGUAUAGUAGAGAAAUCAGAAUCAAAACAUGUUCUAAGCCGCUCUAGAGCACUUAAUGUGGGCAGACCUAAGAAAAGAUUUGAGGAUUUUUUUCCUUUCUUAAAUUAUGACAGAGUUAAGCCGUGCCAAAGUGGAAUGUGCUGCUUGAUUCUAAGAGUUAAUAUUUCCAAAGGGUGGCCUAUUACUAAUAUCUAAUAUGCAAAAAGAAACCAUUUUAAAUUGAAAUUCUAAGGUGUCUGUCCAAAUUAGAAAUUCCCUAUUUUUGUUUUUUACUGGCUUGUAAUCAUUAGCUUUUUUUAAAUGAGGCAGUUGGUGUCAUGUCUAGUUGUGUUAUAAUUGUAGUUAACAAAUAGAUGAAGUAAAGUAGUUUACUAACUGUAUACAAGUUAAUUAUAUAAUGGUACAUUUAGUGUUAAGAUACCAUUUUUUUCUGAUUCGAGGGUUUUUUGUGAGACACACUAAGAAAGUCAAGUUUUCCUGAUGGUUGUUUUUGACUGUGACACAAUCUAGACCACCAGCACUAAGAGUUUGAAACUAGAGAAAGAAUAUUUCUUUAAUUUUAUAUAAAACCUUCAAAAAGAAAUAAUGCCAACCUGGAAUUUAAUUGAUUGUACCAGGAUGUUAAUAUUUGUAUUAGUAGUUGAAGAUGUACAUUUAAAAAUGCAUUUCUUGCCAUUUUUAUAUAUUUCCAUGUGGAUUUAAAAUGUAAACAUCUGUAUAGAAAUGAAAAGUUAAAAGAUACUUAUCCAAAUAUGUAAAUAGGUCUGGUUAAUGCCAGAGCUGAAGCUGGUUAUUUGUAAAUUUUGCUAUAAUUAACUGUAUACUUUAUACUCUGUGAGACAGACUGAAAGAUUUUUAAUUAUAUGUGGACAGGUAGAAAUUGCCUUUCUGCAAAAUUAAGUAACUUAGGGCAAUGCUGUCUCAUAUUCAGAUAUCAUUUAACUUGUUUUAUCAUCUAACUAGUUUUAUUACCAUUCCUUGUUUAGUCUAUGGAAGUUAUCUUUCAAGUUCUAUAUUAGAACUGUCACAUUAUUCUAUUACUGUUUUCCAUUGUUUCCCCAUGAAAUUUUUACUGUUAUAGAACAUAUUUAAAAUACAAGAUUGUAUAGAAUCUUCCAAAAACAAUAAAUACAACAAGCUUUUUGUUUUUU